AUGUUCAGUAUAUUUAUGAGAUGGUAUGAGCCAAUAUUGAGUAUUGAAAUAAAUCGAAAACAAACUAGUAGUCAAAAUUCCAAUAGAAUUGAUAAAGAAAAUGAUAAAAAACAUGAAGAAAAAACACGUAGAGAAAGCAUAACAGGAAAAGAGUUACAAAUAAGUACUUUUCAUACAACAGAAAAAAAAGAUAAAGAUACUUAUUUAGAGUGUUUACGAAUAUACAAGAGUCAUAUUAGUAUAAGAAGUGACAGUGUUAUUUUUAUUACAAUUGCAUUGAAGUAUAUGAAAGAAUUUGGAGUUCAUAAAGAUCUAAAUGUUUAUAAAAUGUUAUUAGAUAUUUUCCCAAAAGGAACUAUGAUACCAAGAAAUAUGUUUCAAUCAAUGUUUAUGCAUUAUCCAAAACAUCAAUAUUGUGCUGUUGAUAUUUUAGAACAAAUGGAAAAUAAUGGAGUUAUUCCUGAUCCUGAAAUGGAAUCAAUGUUAUUGAACAUAUUUGGCAGACAUGGAAUACCUACAGAAAAAUAUUGGAAAAUGAUGUAUUGGUUACCAAAAUUCAAAAAUUUAAAUCCAUGGCCUGUACCAAAACCUAUACCUGAUGAUGUAUUAGAAUUGGCUAAACUUGCGAUGAUUAAGAUUUCUUCUGUUGAUGUACGAAGUUCAAUUACAGUCUACGAUACUAUUGAGAUUGAAAAUUCUAUUGAAGAAACUUGGAUUGUAUCUGCUAUUGCUCCAAAACAAAGUGAAUUACUUAUACAGCAUAAUAAAAAAAUUCCAAUUUAUGUAGAAGGCCCGUUUCGAAUUUAUGUUGCUAUAAAGGCUGUAGAUUAUUUUGUUUUAAAAACAAAACCACCAAUAUGUAGAAAAUAUCCAGAAUAUGAACCAGAUGCUGUUGACAAAAUACAGAAUCCUUAUUUAAGCAGAAAAUCUAAGGAUAUAAUAUUGCCACCAAGUGUACAUGAACAAGUUGAUGCUACUAUUUUUGCUAUUUGUGCUACUGGAACAUCUUCACAUGAUUCACUCUUGUCUUGGAUUAGAUUCUUGCAAAAUGAAAAUCCUGUAUUAGCUGAAAUUCCCAUUGUCUUUACUCUUAAAACUUCUUCUAAUGAAAAAUUGUUUAUUGAAAGUAAUAAGCCAAAACUACCUUCUGACGCAUUAAAGAAUAAUAAUGAUAACGAACUGUUACAAGGAUAA